AAAACUAAAAAAAAAGAGAACAGCAGCUUUUUUUAGGCUGGUGUGCAAUAGACUUUGUGCAAUUUUCUAUGUUCAGCCUUCAUAUAAGUAAAAACGCAAAACGGCACUGAAAUGUUAUGAAUUCUUCAUAAAUCACUCGUUGUCUACGUAAUUAAUAUUUUUUAUCAACAUUGUUGUUAACAUUCUUCACCAUGGUAGUGGUACCCUGCUCAUAAAAUAAAAGAUUGCUUGGCCCUGGCCCUGCCUAGAGAAACCUUUCAGGCAGGUCUCCAGCUAUGCACCGCAGAUGGAAUUUUAUAUUGCCAUACCGACAGUGUUGCAUAAUCCCUGCCCUCUUUGUCGCAAAAAAAGCAGACAGCGUAGCCUGCCUCUCCAAUUGGCUGUGGCGAGCAACCAAUGAGUGAUCAGGGGGGAGGAGACAAAGGCAAGGUCUCUGUGCUUCCUGCUGCCUUGGUGCGUCAGACCACAGAGCGCUGCUCUGCUUCUGCUUCCACAGGCAACCCCUUCUUAACGUGCGUCCAAGCUGCCUUGGAAGGAGGCCAAGAGCCAGGGUGAAAAAUGGAAGUCGCCGUGCCAGAGGAGCCGCAAAAGAAGAUCUUUCGCGCCCGAAAAACCAUGAAGACGAGUGACCGGCAGCAGCUGGAGGUUCUGCACAACACCCUGUCGACCACGUUGGCAAACUCCUCGCCGAACACUGCCACCACGGCCGCCACCACCACCACCACCACAUCUUCAUCAUCCUCUUCCUCUACCUCCACAACCUCGACCCCUAUGGUGAACGGCACACACUCAGAAGACGGCGUGAAAGGCGCGGGGAAAGGCAAAGAACAAGGGAAAGAGAAGGCAAAGGAGAAGGAGAAGACGGCUCCACUCAAAGUGUUGCGCUCCGCCACAGCCGCCACCACCGCGUCCGGUUCCGCUUCAAGUUCCGCCUCUCCACGCCCGGGCCUGUCCCUGUCGCGGUCCUCCUCCCCGUCCACGUCCACGACCAGUACCCAGAGCCCCAAGACCUCGGAUGUGACCAAGAACGGCCCCAAGGAGAGCGAGAAGGCAGAGAAGAGCGUGAAGGGAGAGAAGACCAAAGACGGCUCGAAGGAGGAGGCCUCGUCAGAACGCAAGGAAGAGGAGAAGAAGAAAUCGGAAAAGGAGAAAGAGAAGGAGAAAGAGAAGAAGGUCAGUCCAUCACCCACCCCAUCCGUCGCCUUGAACGAGAAGACCGCGGCCAGCAAAGAGUCCAAGGCCACAGACUCCAGCAAAACUACAGCGGUGGAAAAGGCCACGCCAAAGAGCCAAAGGUCGUCCCCGUCUCCGUCCUCGCCCCCUUCCCCUAAAUCCACCACGCUGGAGUCCGACCCGGAAGUGAAGGAGGGCUUCCUCUUCCUCAGCGAGGAGGAAGAGUGUCCGCCGGAGAAAGAAGAGAAGAAAGAAGAGAAGAAAGCCGAGCGGGACGGAGGGUCGAAGGCGGAGGAAAAGAUGGAGGUGGACACGGACGUAGUCAAAGAGAAAGAGAAGGAGGAGGAGGAGGAGAAGAAGGAGGAGAAGGAGAAAGUGGAAGACAAGACGAAGGUGGAAGAAAAGACGAAGGUGGAAGAAAAGACGAAGAUGGAAGACAAGACGAAGGCAAAGAAGAAGGAGGGAAAGGCUUCUCGAUCUUCCAGCCCCAUGGCGGUGGUGUCUGCUGCUGCUGCUGCUGCUGCAGCAGCCACUGAGGGCACAUCCUCGAGCAAGAAGCGCUGCCUGUCUGCAGAUGGAGACAAGAAGGCAGAAGAGACGUCGUCGCCGGCGGAGGAGAGGGGAGGCAAGCGUCCCAGGGUUGAGGGCAUUGAGCUGGAGGCCCAGCUGGAGCUCAAGAUCACAGACGGUGCCGGCAGUCGCCUGAAACUCGAGAAGAUGGUGCAGAAGCUGGUGGAGGAGCGCCUGCGCGUGCUCGAGUUAACCGUGUUCGACCGUAGCCUCAAGGAGCUGAAGGAGCGCGUGGAGAAGAUCGACUGUGCUACCAAACACCAGGGCACACUCAACACACUACAGGCCAAGAUCGCUCGACUAGCCAAGAAAUUUGGAGCUGCUAACCAGUCAUCGGAAAACAGCAGGAUGGCCCAGGAGGCGGUCAAAAAACCUGUGCCUCAAGUGCAGACUGCUACUGUGAACGCUGGAAGAACGGUUCGGGCACUGAUUGAUGAGAAGCACCUUAGUCAAAGCCCAACGUUGGUAGCCUCCAGCUCCACAGUGCCCCCAAACACGCCCAAGCCUCUCUCGACCCCUGCUACCCCCACCACCUCCUCGCCGCUGGCCUCGACCCCUGCCCCCACCCCCUUGUUCCAGAUCCUCGCCACCACCACGCCCAGCACUACCACCAUCGCCACGACCACCAGCAACACCGCUGCCACCGCCACUAACCCUCAGGUCCUGGCCCACAUGGGUCAGAACCAGAUGCAGUCAGUCCAGGCGGGCGGCCAGACGCUGCUGCUGAAGACGACGGCGGGUGGUCAGGCGGGCACGUCGCUGCAGCCGAUGCUCAUCAUGGCCGGCGGCAACCUGAUCCCCGUCUCCUCCCUGGCAACCGUUGCUAACACGCUGUGCAACUCCAAGACCACCACCACCACCGCCUACAUCCUGCACCCCAAGCAAGCCCUGACCGCCACCGCCAUGGCAACGACCCCCGGUGCCACCAGCCAGAUUGUGCCGUCGGUGACGGCGUUAUCGUCAGCGGUGACGGCCGUAACCGCUUCGCCGGUGAUGGUUUCGUCUUCCCCUACUGUUAGUGCGCCGGUUGCUGGGACACCGGUGAUGCUCGCCCGAGCCUUGCACCCGAGCGGAGGGGCCGGAGGGGUCGUUUCCGUGACAACAGCCCGUGCGCCUACCCAGAUGGCAGCAGCUGUGGUGGGUGUGGCCACGUCUUCGUCAGCCAACCCGGCAAGCAGCGUUCCCGCGGCAACAGGAGCAGCGGCUUCGGCCACGCCGUCGGCUAGUGCCAUGGCCUCAAAGACAGAUAAUCAAGCAUCGAGCUCCACAGCCGCCAAAACUGCAGCUCAGCCUGCAAAAGGUUCUGUGAUCGAUCUGACUGAGGAUGAUGAUGAUGUCCUAGUGACGGGUAUGAAGAAGGGCCCAGCUCCGAUCACUGCGUCCGCUACUCCCACCCAACGUCUAAGUAGGCCUCCUCCACCCCUCAUCUCCGCCUCUGGUAACGCCGCCAGGGCUUCACCUCAGAACAGCCAACGGCCUCUGCUCACAGUGCACCACCGCCCCCCUCUGGACUCUCCUUCCAAAUCGCGACUCUGCAGCUCUUCAUCCACCCCUCCCACCUCCUCCUCUUCCACCUCCUCCUCUCUCCCUCCUCUCCCCCCUGCCCCGGCACCUACUCGCCUCUCUCCUGAAGCCGCCCAAACCGCCCCACCGCAGCAGCCUCAGCUCAAGCUGGGCCGCGUGCAGAGCCAGAACGGCAUCGUGCUCUCGUGGUGCGUCACCGAGACGAACCACAGCUGCGCGGCCGUUGACUCCUACCACCUCUACGCGUACCACCAGGAGGCGCCUGCAGGGGGCGCUGGAGGCGGCAACGGCAACACCUUGCACUGGAAGAAGAUCGGCGAGGUGAAGGCUCUGCCCUUGCCCAUGGCCUGCACGCUGACGCAGUUCGUGUCGGGGUCGACGUACUACUUCGCCGUGCGGGGUCGGGACGUGCACGGCCGCUUCGGGCCCUUCUGCGAGCCGCAGUGCACUGACGUCAUCGGCGCGGCGACGAGCAGUGUUGCCGUAGCAGCAGCAGCGUCGUCUACCUCUGGCUGAAGAUGAAGCGGGGAAGAGGAGAUGGAGAGCGAGAGAGGAAAGGAUUGACAGAACAAUGACAAUAAUAAUAAACAUCCACGUUGGGUAUUUUAGUGUUUUGUAGCCAUCUGAGAUAAGCAAAGAGAGAAGGAGAAAGAAAGCUGGUAUUCACGAAAAACAUUUUCUUCUGCCUGUGCGACUGACCACUGACGGAAACUAGGUAGAAACCUUUCGCCUCCAUCACAUGAGAACUGGAGGGGCAAAUGGAGGUUAAGGAAGGAAGGAAGGGUUAAGGGAAAACGACAGGCACUGGAACGCUUACUAAUGGAGAACUCCACCUUCCUGUUCACUGGAAGAUUAUUGACAAGAAUCCCCCCCCCCCCCCCCCCUCUUUUCAGCAAUGGAGAAUGUAGCGGUGUUGACAGAUGAGAUCACGCCGCUUACCUCAGCGCUGUGACAUCAUCCACCAAACACCCCCAGACACCCCUCCUUUCCACCUGCUGCUGUCGAGCGACGAGAGGACAUCAAUGUGACAGGAUGAUGUCAGGAAAGACAUUCACUCUGCAGUAUUGGGACCUAAACAGCGACUACAGAGUGUGUGAAUAGCCUGUGUUGGAACUUGGGACCAGUGUUCUUUUUGGUUUGAGUUUUAUGCAUUGGAUACUGUCAAGCACUGUAUGCCAACAUGUGCAAACACAUAUGCACACACACACACACACACACACACUCUGACAAAGUUUGCUACACAGUGGGCCUGACUUAGCUGAAAUGGCACUUUUUCGGCAAAACAAGGUCAAUUCAGAUUCAGCCCGUUUAUAAGGCCUUGCUUUGGUUCUGUUAGUGUUUUUUUUUUUUUUUUUUUCUACUGUAUAUUGUCUUUUUUUAUGCUUUUAAUUGUUUGUCUUAUUUUUAAUUUUUUUUAUGCUUGCAGAAGAACAGGCUUAAGUGUUGCAUGGCUGAGAGAAUGCAUUAGAUUCCGGGCCCCAUCUAAAAACACGAACAUGAGACACUAACACGUUAUCCAGCUGAUUUGCAAAGGGUAGGACCUUUGACCUCUGCGCCCCCAAACUGUUUUUCUUCCUUGUAUGUAGCUUGAUUGUACAGAAGUUAAAUGUUCACCUAAUUCCAUAUAUAUUUGUUUACUUUCAUGCCCUUGUUUUUGUUCAUGCCCUUGUUUAUUUUUAAUUGACAGCCAUGUCUUUGAACACUGUACAGAAGAGUAUGGCCCCCUCUCUUUGAAGCUACUAUAAAAGGAUGGUGUUAAUUUUUCUAUGGUUUUUGUCUGGUAACCAGACGGUACAUCAGUGCAAACAAUGAAUAAAAGUGUUGAUACAAAAA